AUGGGAGAUAUCGGAACCCAUCCUCGAUGGAAAGACCCCGAGAUUCAGCAUCAGGUGGACCUUGCGUUGCUUGAAGACGAAGCUUCCCAACGAGAAGCGGAUGAAGCUCGGAGAAAAGUCGUGCCUCUUUUGUCAAGGCUACACCGAGGCUCGGUGCUGUUUCCCAGGUCACAGGGCUACAGAUACUCAGUCUCGGUUAGAAAUCUCCGCUACCGUCUGAAGAGACCUGCUGCUGUUGUGCAUGCAGUAACGGCAUGGGAUGUCGUGGCAACAGUCCGAUUCUGCGUUCAAGAGGGAUUGAAGUUGACCAUCCGAAGUGGUGGACACUCGAACGCUGCGCACUGUUUGAACGACAAUGGUAUCGUUCUUGAUAUGCGAAUGUUGAACAAAGUAGUCAUCCAACCUAAUCAUGACAUAAUCUACGUGUCUGGUGGUGCGCUGUGGAGGGACGUAUACAAAGAGCUGCAUGAUAGAGAUCCUCGUCUUGUCGUCGUGGGUGGCCAGUGUCCAACUGUCGGCGUGAGUGGUUUCUUACUUGGAGGUGGUAUAAGCCCCUUCUCUCGCUCGUACGGGCUGGGUAUCGACAACAUCGAAGCGAUAGAGAUCGUCAAAGCGAAUGGAGAACUGUGUAUCGUGAGUGCAGAUAAUCAUCCAGAUCUCUUCUAG